AUGCCCAAGAGGAAAUUCUCCGAGCGCGACCCGCAAACAAGUGCCCCAUCUUUUGGCUUGGCUUCUGACCCGACGCCCGGGUUUUUUCACGUGGCAAUCAUUGUGCGCGUGUGCUUACAGCCGUUGUGUUUUUGUUCUUCGCCUCAGGAGAAAUGUCUCGAGACGGCGGGGAUCAAUUCCCCGCGCGAGCUUGUGUAUAUAUGUGUGUGUGUUUUCCUUUCCUCACCGGCCUCGGGUGGUCCUCAACAACUGAACGUCUAUCGCAGCCUUGCUAGUAAAAGGUGCGGUUGGAAGGAUGAAGGUCGCCUGGUUCGGUAUGAGGUCCCCACCGCGUGGUGA